AUGGAGGGCCAUACAGUACAACCCGCAGAGCGAACUCCCACCAUCAAAGAGUAUCUGGCACGAUGGAAACCCGACAUUCAUCCUGUGAAAUCUGCAGAGGAAGAGUUUCAAGAGAAACUCAAGGAGUAUCAAGAUCUAUUCAAUAGCCUAACUGAUUCAUCACAAAAGUUCAACAGGAUGCCGGAGAUUAUGGACUGUGGAGGCCGCAUCACGCAGCUUAAAGACACUAAGCAAGAUAAGGAGCGCGAGUACCGGCAGAAACUUUGUGAUCAACAGGAAGCUCUUCUCUGUGAGGCUUUCGGCCUAGUUGAUCUCGAACUGAUUGAUGAAAUAUUCAAUGAUUGGUGCCAUGGUCGUGCCCAGCCUUCAUCAACAGCUCCCACACAGUCAGCUACUGGUAUCCCAGGUACCAUCGAGAUCGAACAACCCCAAGACACAACUAUCUCCCGUUUCACGCCCAUUACAGACCAACCGACAAGUACGCGAAACUCCAUGCCGAGCCCGCCCAACAGCGACAUUUCACGGGAGACAAGCACCCGUCCGAGCGAACUAGACAGACCCGACCACAAUACCUCAGCAGGUCCCCAAAAGAGACCGGCCAACCCCGUCGUAGCCCGUCAACCAAAGCGCCCUCGAUCGGAUGUGACUCUGGGUCCCCUCACAGGAGAAAGGACAAUUGAGUACGAUCAGGUAUACCAGAACGGCAAAGCCGAGCCGAAGUAUAACAUUGCUAGGUUUGAGGGGUUCUAUUAUAUCCUCGAGUGUAAGGCGCACAGGAUGCACUUUCACAAGGACCCCUUGCGUGGUGCCUCAAAGCAUCUUCGGGGCAAGAAGCAUAACCAGAGGUGUGUCAGUUACGGAGAGGCUAUUCGCGCACUCGGAAUUCGCGUUCUUAAUUGCGACGAGAAAAAGGCCAAGGACAAUAACGAUGUUGCCCAAAGACCUACUUACUCUCAAAUGGGUCGUCCAUUGACUAGCCUUUCGCCCUCAGCUGGCCGUGAUAUCCCCACACGGAGUAACCAGAGUCUUGCGGCGAUUGACCCAAAGCCUGGCGAAGUAUACACUACCUUUUGGAGUGGGACUAAGGAAUUCUUUGCGAUAUUGGUUCUUCCUUGGAUCAAUUGUGGCCAGCUUGGUCCAGACUUGCCGCUCACUGUCCAGGACACCGAGCUCAUUGACAACGUCCCAACUUGCUACCGGUAUAAUCAGGCCGAUGACUCAUUCGAAUGGGCACCCGAAUACCUUCCUGGUGGGCAGCACUACAGCAAGAGAGAAUACCCCAUCAUGUAUUUUGAUGCCCCCGUGUUCCCAGGGCAAUGUCGGCUUAAAUGGAUUCCUGCGUGCGAGUUUGAUCUCUACGAUCCCAAGGUUCCUACCCUCCAGUUCAAAGACAUCGUGGAUGGCUACAUUGCUUCUAGAGACAACGGCAUCCAAGAAUCAGAUUAUAAUACCCUGGUACAACGCGAGAACAAUCGAGGAGACCCCACUAUCGACGCGCCAACCGCCGAAAUCUUCCCACGCGAACAUUCCUCAGACGCCCGAGAGAUCAUCCUCAUAGAUGACGAUAGCGACGACGAUACAGCGGACCACAAUCUGUGGCCAAGUUCCUCGAUCGGGUCUGACGAUCCCGCUCCCAAGACUGAACCCUCGGACGAGGCUAUGACGGAUAUCCAUGACCAGCAAGUCGCAACCACCACCUGUGACAAUACACCCAGCCAGCCCAUCCUUUCUACCUUCAAUCCCACUCAGCUGUACAAUGGUCUUUUCGAUUCUCAGGUACCCAAUGAGGCUGUACCAGGAUGUCCACCCUCGUGCGACACGCAAGCCCAGACUCCCAUUCAUGAUCCGACGCCACAAUGGCCUCCGGCCUUUUUGCACGAACCGUCUCCGAUCGAUAGCACGAAUCUCCAUCACGAGCAGCUACCUCAACCAAUGCCUUUCGAUACCCGCGCACCCGAAGCUAUCAUGGCGCCGUUGCCUACCAAUCAGAUUGCAGCUCCAAUCCCAGGCCCCAGUGACAACUCUCAAAUGCAACCAACGGCCCAGCCCUGCCAGGGUGCUCAGGCAACAGAGUUGUACAGUUACUUGAGCCAAGCACGCAAUGCAUCGUCGCAGUUCCAACUCGACAGCGACGGUCGUCUCAGAUGGAUUGCUCCCAAGGCCCUAUCUGGGCUGGCUACGAAGCAGAAGCCGAUGAGUGUUCGUCAACAUGAAGAGGUUAGAGCUCGGAUACAAGCUAUUGGCAAAGAGCCCCAGCCCACUCAGCAGCAGGCGUCAAUGUCGGACUCUCAGCAAACGAGUUAUGUAACACCCCAUGGUUUUAAGAGAUCAUUUUAA